AUGUCGCUUCAGAGCUACAGUGUGUCUGCAUUGCUGAUGUCGGUGCGAGCUAAUAAGCUUUGCACAACCUGGCCUAACUUCAGAGGGAAGUGUGUAAGGGACCAGAGCAUCGUCCCUGGUUCCAGGAAGGUGAUGCAGAGGCAUCUGAGCCUGUGCUCUGGAGGGAAGGGAGCAGUAUAUAGCUUUGAUCCAGUAGGCUCAUACCAGAGAGAUUCUUUCAAAGCAGGUGGAUCAGCAAGUGCCAUGCUGCAACCCUUGCUUGAUAACCAGAUUGGUUUCAAGAACAUGCAAAAUGUGGAACAUGUACCGCUGACGCUGGAAAAGGCUUUGCAGCUGGUUAAAGACGUCUUUAUUUCUGCUGCCGAGAGAGACGUGUACACUGGAGAUGCACUUAAGAUUUGCGUUGUCACAAAAGAUGGAAUUAAAGAGGAAACUGUCCAGUUACGAAGAGACUAA